AUGGAUUCGCCGUCGGCAAAAGAUGGCGUUCUGUCCGAUUCUGGGUAUGCGACAGCCAUGCCCUCUCCAGAGCAGAGCCAAACAGUGGCGGCUGUAUGUGGUGCAAGCGCAAUUCCAACCAAGACAGUUCCGUUUCCGCUGCCAACCGAGAAGAAUUUAUUUCUAUUCAAGAGAGAAGCGGUCCCGGCCACAAUUGCGAGGUUCAACGAGAUUGUCCCGGAGAUUGAACGUCUCCUAGUGAAGUAUAUAAGAACAGCUAAUAAGCUCUUCUCAUCCAGCGCACCCUAUCGCCCUAUGUCAAUCCGCUACUUGGUCCUUGGGAAGUCAGAGGCCGACGCAAAGGAUUGCCUCGUCGUUUUCUGUCCCCCAAGCCAAUACAAGCGCGUAAAGAGAUUCUUUGACAAGCACCGGGCCGUCAAGAGUCUUUGCGCGCCGCCCGAUCUGUCCGCACCGUCCUUUCGACCCGUUGUCAAGGAUCUGGCGCCUCAGCUUACAGUCUUGCAGAGCGGCGAGGAAGCCCAGGAAUCCACGGACUCAAAAUUCUCCAGGGAAACCCCGAGUCCUACCUCAAUUGAAGUUCAUUGCUCCUCAACGCCACCAUCGGACAAGACCCUUUGCGGGACUCCAAUUCGCUUUAUCAAUCAUGCCGGGGAGGCUCGAAACGGGACACUUGGUGGUAUCAUCAAGCUGGCCCAGAGCGAUGGCUUCGAGUUAUAUGGGUUGACAGCUGGUCACGGCCUCUUGGAUUGGGAAGAUCCUCUCUUGCCUACCAGUGAUUCAGGCUCCAUGGACGAUGAUGACUCCUCCAUCGAUGAUGAUAUGAAGGAACUUUUAGAGCUGGAGACUUCUGACGGAUCUAUCUCAAGUCCUGAACCUGAAGCUGCGGAUUCAUCUCCAAGCCAUCCCGAACCCAAGUUGGAGGUGAAAUUAUCCGACACGUGGGCAUUCGAGCACUCUCAAAAACUUGGAAAUGUUCUGCCAAGACCUAAGCAUUACACAAAAGCGAGCGGCCAAUAUCUUGACUGGGCCCUCAUUGAGAUUGAUGCAUCCAAACAUAAGCCAAAUUACCACCCAUCGCUCAAAUCUAAAAACCUCGAAUUGGUCACAGCUCAGAAGAAGCUUACUCCAGCUGCUCUUGGUCAGCCGGCCAUUAUGAUAGGAGGCUCUCAGGGUUGCAUAUCCAGCACGCUUUCAUCACUACCAGCAAGACUGAUGCUCGGCCAUGGCCAGUCAUUUGUGGAUGCCUAUACCCUCUCUCUACAAGAUCAUACUGUAUGCAUUGGGGACUCUGGUUCAUGGGUGAUUGACCCACUUACGUAUGAGGUAUUUGGCCACAUUGUUGCGACUGACAUGCUCGGUGACGCCUACGUGAUUCCCCUUCAGAACAUCUUUGAAGAUAUCCGAACAUGGCACGAUGCGCAGUCGGUCAAUCUUCCCACUGCCCCCGACUUUGGAGCAACACUUCUAUCCAUUGGUACCGAACACCAACCAUCCGCUGCUCCUGCUUAUUCGCAAGAGGAGGCGUCAGCCAGGUCACCGGAGCCAAUGGGUGGUCCUUCAGUCUUGAACGAGGGAGUUCCUAACAGCAUGCUUGGCUCUUCCGAGGCCCCCCCUCCCUAUGAUGGGAAGCUGGGAUUGAAUGGAUCUCGUAAUACCCAGAAAUUCCGAAACCUUUUACUCUCACUAUCCUUAACGCCCACUUAUUACGAAAACCCUGGUCUAUUGGACGAAGCUCUCAAACUAAUCCCACUUGAUCGUAUCUAUAGCGAAGCCGAGGAGGACUCACAGCUCUUUCAGGCUCAGGCUGAGAGCAUGAGUUUGGACAGACCAGAGUGGGGCUACGAAGAUUGUGUUAUUAAAGCACUACUAAGAUGGUUUAAGAGAGACUUCUUCGUCUGGGUAAAUAACCCGCCCUGCGACAUCUGCCUGUCGCCUACAGUUGCCCAAGGUUCAGUCCUUCCAACUCCAGAGGAGACAGCCUCUCGUGCAUUUCGCGUGGAACGUUACCGGUGCUCAUCCCAAGGCUGCGGUGCAUAUAUCCGAUUCCCUAGAUAUGCUGAUGCUUGGAAAUUACUCCAAACUCGACGGGGGCGAGUUGGCGAAUGGACAAACUGCUUCACCUUGCUCUGCCGAGCCGUCGGCGCACGCGUCAGAUGGGUUUGGAAUGCCGAGGACCACGUAUGGACUGAAGUCUUUUCGAACCACCAAAAGCGAUGGGUUCACGUGGAUGCAUGCGAAGAAAUCUGGGACAGGCCAUUGUUUUAUGCAAAUGGCUUGGGAAAGAAAAUGUCUUACUGCAUUGGGUUUUCCUACGAUGGGGCUGCAGAUGUGACACGACGAUAUGUGCGACAAGACGGGUUUGCUCUAGAGCGGAAUCGAUGUUCCGAGGAGGAUCUCGAGAGGAUCAUACGGGAGAUCAAGACAAUCCGCAGAGCUAAGAUGACCAAGGAGGAGCGUUUUCGCCUCGAGAAGGAAGAUAGCCAUGAGGACCGAGAGCUGCGAGGAUACAUUUUGGUAACAUCCAUUGUCAAAGCGACCAAAGACCCGCCCGCUGGCCCCUCGGAGGAUCGAUCAGAGAACACGGACGGCAGCCAAGCGCCCAUGAAAGCAAGUGAGGAUGCUAAAUCGCUUCUACGGCAACUCGAAAGAAGUAGCCAACUAAGGCUACAGGACAACUGA